CUUUCAGCUUAAAAUGUGGGUGUCAUUCCUUAUUCCCAAAAUUGAGGAUGGCAACAACUUUGGUGUUAGUAUCCAGGAAGAGACCCUUGGAGAAAUCCGGACAGUAGAGUCUGAGGCUGCAGCCUUUUUUGACCAAAUCUCCCGAUACUACAUGACACGAGCUAAGCUGGUGUCAAAGGUAGCGAAAUAUCCACACAUUGAUGACUACCGACGAACUGUUGUGGAGUUGGAUGAGAAAGAGUACCUGUCCUUACGCAUCACUUUGUCAGAGAUCAGGAAUCACUAUGCCACACUACAUGACAUGAUUACAAAGAACAUGGAGAAGAUUAAGAAGCCGCGAAAUGCUAAUUCCAUUGAAGCCAUGUAUUAGAAGUUAAAAGUAUUCCUAAACUAGA